AUAAUAUCCUGUCCUCUCAGGCUGCUGGCCUGGUGUAGGAUCAGAGGGCCGAAGCAGUGGAAUAAUGAUGAGCUUUUUAAUUGGUGUUGGUUUUUCACAAAGUGUAAUUAAUUAAUACUACAGCACAGUAGGCUGACACACAGCCAAAUGCAAUUCGUAGCGGCAUGCACCUAUAACAAUUGUUUGCGGACCGCAAUAAUACCAAAGAAGAAGCCCACUUCCUUCAGUCUGCUCUACUCUGUGAAUCGGAAGAAGUAUACAUCCACUGACUACUGCGGAGGUUGCAUUGCUUUAAAUGCCUCAUGGCCACUGCAGACGUCGGAUUGAACAUACAUCGGGUUUUACUGCUUCGCUGCACAGAUAGCGCUGCUGUAAUCAGUCUGGUAUUGUAUAAGCUACCCUUACUGGGCCUCAGUAAAUUAUUACUAUCUGGACUCUCGAUGAGGAUGUUGUUCCAAGUGGCUCUCGGGUAGAGGUAGAGGUAGACGAUAACAGAUAUCAGGAUUCUUGGUGAAUAGGGUGUUGAACGUUUCAUUGACUCUAAUAGAUCAGGUAAAAUAUUAUCCAAGAUCUUUCUGAAAUACGAUUAGCCUACAUUAGACGUUUAUUUGUCACAACUUAAAUCGAAUUUCGAUAUUUAAAAGGACGUUUGAUUGCUCUGGUCUAGCUGUGACAAAGAAAGUAACUAGUGUAGGCUAGCUACAGAUUUACUCUUGAGGUUUUUUUAUUUGAAGAAACGCUGAAGAAAGAAUAGCUUCCACGAUGGAUCAGGACAGAGCUAGCCCGUCGCCCUCCACCCUGCUGGAGUCCCCUGGUCACAACUCUCCCGGUAGAGCCUUACUGCUGGGUCUGAAGAGGGUGUCUGUGUGGCUGGUCGACUGCAGGAAAACACCAGGGCAGAGUGGAACUGUAAGAGAAGGACACGAGGAGGGUGAUGGAGAUUUGAUUUCAUCAAGGGACACCCCAAACCGUCGUUCUCUCAGUGGGAGGGGCUUAUCAUCUGGGGCGCCUCAACCACAUCAUGUUGCUGACCAGACAGAGAAGAGUCUCUCCAGAUCAGAACAUCUCAAGAAACACCAGCAGAGACAUACAAGGAAGAAACCUAACCACUGGUCUUCUGACUGUGGGAAGAGUUUCAGAAGCCGGAGUGGAGUCAUAAUUCAACAGCGGAUUAACAACGGAGAGAAACCGUACUGCUGCUCUCAUUGUGGGAAGAGUUUCACUGCCUCUCACACCUUAAAAUGUCAUCAGAGAAUUCAUACAGGGGAGAGGCCUUACCCCUGCGUUGAUUGUGGGAAAUGCUUUGCUUUUUUGGGAGCUCUAAACAUACACAAGCUGACACACACUGGAGAGAAACCUUUUAGCUGUGAUCAGUGUGGGAAGAGCUUUGCUCGAUCAGUACGUCUGACUAUACACCAGCGCAUACACACAGGAGAGAAGCCUUAUAGCUGUGGUCAUUGUGGGAAGAGCUUCAGGCAAUCAGGGAGCCUGAAUUCACACCAGCGAAUACACACUGGAGAGAAAUCUUAUAGCUGUGAUCAGUGUGGGAAGAGCUUUGCUCGAUCAGUACGUCUGACUAUACACCAGCGCAUACACACAGGAGAGAAGCCUUAUAUCUGUGGUCAUUGUGGGAAGAGCUUCAGGCAAUCAGGGAGUCUGAAUUCACACCAGCGAAUACACACUGGAGAGAAGCCUUAUAGCUGUGAUCAGUGUGGGAAGAGCUUUGCUCUAUCAGAAUACCUGAAUAGACACCUGCGAACACACACUGGAGAGAAGCCUUAUAGCUGUGAUCAGUGUGGGAAGAGCUUUGCUUGCUCAGGAGAGCUGACUAGACACCUGCGAACACACACAGGAGAGAAGCCUUAUAGCUGUGAUCAGUGUGGGAAGAGCUUUGCUUGCUCAGGAGAGCUGACUAGACACCUGCGAACACACACAGGAGAGAAGCCUUAUUGCUGUGAUCAGUGUGGGAAGAGCUUUGCUUGCUCAGGACAGCUGACUAGACACCUGCGAACACACACAGGAGAGAAGCCUUAUAGCUGUGGUCAGUGUGGGAAGAGCUUUGCUUGCUCAGGACAGCGGACUAGACACCUGCGAACACACACAGGAGAGAAGCCUUAUAGCUGUGAUCAGUGUGGGAAGAGCUUUGCUCGAUCAGUACAUCUGACUAGACACCAGCGCAUUCACACAGGAGAGAAGCCUUAUAGCUGUGAUCAGUGUGGGAAGAGCUUUUCUCGAUCAGUACUUCUGACUAGACACCAGCGCAUACACACAGGAGAGAAGCCUUAUAGCUGUGGUCAGUGUGGGAAGAGCUUCAGGCAUUCAGGGAACCUGAAUUCACACCAGCUAACACACACUGGAGAGAAGCCUUAUAGCUGUGAUCAGUGUGGGAAGAGCUUCAGUCAUUCAGGCCAACUGGCUGUACACCUGCGAACACACACUGGAGAGAAGCCUUAUAGCUGUUAUCAUUGUGGGAAGAUCUUUGCUGUAGCUUGCUCCCUGACUAUACACCAGCGCAUACACACAGGAGAGAAGCCUUAUAGCUGUGGUCAGUGUGGGAAGAGCUUUGCUUGCUCUGCACAGCUGACUAAACACCUGCGAACACACACUGGAGAGAAGCCUUAUAGCUGUGAUCAGUGUGGGAAGAGCUUCAGUCAAUUAUGGAAUCUGAAUUCACACCUGCGAACACACACUGGAGAGAAGCCUUAUAGCUGUGAUCAGUGUGGGAAGAGCUUCAGUCAAUUAGGGAAUCUGAAUUCACACCAGCGAACACACACUGGAGUGAAGCCUUAUAGCUGUGAUCAGUGUGGGAAGAGCUUCAGUCAUUCAGGGAGUCUGAAUUCACACCAGCGAACACACACAGGAGAGAAACAUUUUAGCUGUGAUCAGUGUGGGAAGAGCUUUGCUCUAUCAGUACAUCUGACUAUACACCAGCGAACACACACUAGAGAGAACCCUUAGAUAGGUAUAUGUGGGAAGAGCUUUGUUCAUUUAGGGCCAAUGAGAAAACACCAAAAAGCACAAACAUGAUGUAUUUCAUCUCCCUCCUAUCCAGCACCGGUUCCAGAUCCCUAAAUAAAGGAUCAAUAGAAAACAUCUAGUGAACAGUCAUAUCCAUCUCCCAUUCUUAAAUCAGGUUACUUAUUCUGAUCACCAUGGUAACCUCUGAGGAGCAUAAUAUGCAGCUCUGAUCUAGGAUCAGGUCCCCCCUGUCUCUAUGUAAUAUCACACAUUGGGAUCUAAAUGGAUAAAUGUUAUCAUAGAAAAUGUCAUAGUGAACCUGUGUGUGUUGGGGGGAUGUUGAUAAUUGUAUCUUCUUUCAUAUACUCAUGAUACCAUUAUUAUUAAAUGUCAUUAUGUAGAAUAAUGUUUCAACAAUA